UCUUCACUGAGGCCCUGUGCCAACAAAUUACCCUAGGUGCCCAGGAGACAAACACAUACACACACACACACACAAACACACACACACACACACACACACACACACAAGACCUCAUGGCUGACUUGAACUAAUUUGCUAUCAAGGAUGUCAGAAAACUGCCACAAUCCAUUGAUUUGUCCCCUCAACCAAAUCCAUGGUGAUUUCAGCUCAGAGAAGGUAAGGAAGCAGUGCCUGGCUGCAGAGAGGAGCCCACAGCCCUGGAGAGCAGGGAGAUGGAGCAUGGCACAGACUGGAGGUGGUCAGGUGGCUGACCUAAGAUGUAACUGUGUGGGGCCAAUGCACUUAUGAGAAACAAAGUGUCAGUCAGCAAUAAGAUGUGAACUCUGUGCAGACAAACACGGGGUCAUGGGAAGGCUCUGAAUGUUGCAAAGGCAUGGAGUUAAUUUGCCCUGAGAGCUCCAGACUGCACCCACAUCCAUUUGGACUGCUCCCUCAAUGGGGCCCUAGGCCAAAGUGACCCCAGCUCCCCAGGGUGCUCCUCCAGAAGGGCAGAGCUGGCGACACCAGGGUGCGGCUCCCUGGGCUCCACCUGUUUUCUGCUCUUCUGCUUUCUGAGCAUGUUUCUCUCUUGCAGGGACAAGGUCCAGUCAGGAAACACAGAGAGCAGCAAAGCACCUUCUGACUGAUAUCAUUUCUGACCUUCAGGAGCAAAUUGCUGAGUUGAUGGCAAUAAUAGAACAGAUGAACAGAGACCAGCAGUCUGCCCUGAAACUGCUCUCCAAAGAUCUGGAUCUCCGCUGUUCCAACAUGAAGCAGAAGUUUGAAACCGAGAGCAGGGAACUCAAAGAGACUCACAGAGAGGAGCUCGAGAGGUUAGAGAACAACUACAAGGAGGCCCUGAAGGCAGAAAAGGCCUUGGCCGAAGAGAAACUAGAUAAGAUGAGCAAGGAAUAUAAGUAUCUGAAGAGUAUGUUCCAUGUGUUUCAGGAUAGCAUUUACGAGGAAAUGGAAGACAAGUGGCUGAGACGAAAGGCCGAAUGGGAGAAAGAUGAGAAGAUGGAGCGGGAAAAGAUCCUGCUACAACAAAAAUGUAGAAUAAUAAAAAAGUUUGAGUUACAGUCGGAAGAAAAAAAGAAGAAAAUGAAUGAGUCCAUCAGUGCUGUUUCUGAUAACUUCGCUCGAGAGAAAGAGGAGCUCCUAAGACAACAUGAUGAAGACAUCCUGCAAAUACAGGAGCUGAGAAAAUCCAAAGAGAUCUUGGAGGCUGAGUUGCGGGCACAAGCUACUGUUCUGGAGACCCUGAACACAAACCUUUUCCAAUGCCAGAAAGAACUCGAGAGACAGAAAACUAUUGCGGCAAAUCUAGAGAAAUUGUUCCAGACAAAGCUUGCUGAAGCUGAAGAAAAGCAUAAGUACAACAUAAAGACCCCGACAGAAGAAAAUAACUGCCUCAGGCAGAUGUUAACCACAACCACAUAUGAGGAAACUUCAGAAGUUUCUGAGAAGUCCUCAUCUGCCAGUCCCAACAUGUAUGAGUCUGACGUUCCUGAACACAACAGCAACAAAAAGCAAGCAUCGUAGGUAACUAACUGCUCCUGGGGCUGAGCGACACUGCCCUGGGAGGAAGCUACGGACUCUUCUGGAGAGACGCACGGGAAGGCUGAGCUCUUGAGUUGUUCUGUACUUUUGUCAUUUUUCACAAUUUGCUUUCUUCCAAUGGAUAGAAAUAUUUGAAUUCUUAUCCUAAUUAUAUCUUGGCUCUCCAUUGAGAACUGGUGUCCUCUGUACUGGAGUCGGACUUCUGUGGGCUGUGUGCUAUGCUCUUUUUUACUUUUCACAUGAGACUAAUUUGAAGGGUCUUCUUUUUGGGUGAUCCUUGCAUUUUGGGGUGUGACUUUUGUCCCCCUGAGGGUAAACAGCAAUUCAUUGAUUUAAUUCCAAAAUCUUUAUUCCCUCCCAUAUCAGACUUUUUAGCCCAGUGACUUGGGAAGAGUAACUGAAUAUUUACACUGUCUCUGACCAUCAGGAGAACUCAAAUGCCCACAGAGCAGGCAACAAAUCCAUGGAACCGGAGUGGGCACAGAGUAACCAGUCACAGAGGCAGGAUGCUAGAGGAGGUCGGUAAACUCAGAGCCACACCCUUUUCUGACCAUGGCACUUCUUAGACUCAUUGGACUGCCUGCCACUUGGGUGCAUGGGGUCAUUAUGAUUAAAAAAAAAUUCUGGUUUUUAUGUGGAAGUGCUUUUAAGUGUUGGCAAGGAAUGUCAAAUGUUCACCACGUGUGAACAUGCCAAUUGUAAAACAAAACAACAACAACAAAAAAACAAACAAAGCAAAAACAAACAAAAGGAUCCCCUAGAAACAGUAAGGUAAAUCUAUUUUUCUUAAAACAAAACAAAACAAUACAGCUUUUGUCUCACUGACAGUUUACUUAGGAGGGAACAGGGAAUAUAAAAGUUUAUAGGUACAGAUUCAAUAAAAUAUAUACUAAAGAGUAAUGCGUAGAACAACUCAGUUUCUUUUAAAAAGCUAUAUGAAAACAUAAAAAUAACCCUAUACAUUAAUAUGGAAUUUGAAAAACAAACAAAAUUCAAGAUAGAGAUCCUGCUAGAUCCUGAUUCAAACAGACUGUAAGAAUGCAAGAAGAUCGGGAGAUUUUUAACACUGACUGGUAUUUAAUGUUCAAAAUUGCUUUGGCUAUCUAAAACGUACCUCAUCCUUAGAGACACUUGGGUCUCUAAACUAUUCAUAUGUAAGAAUAUUCCACCUCCAUGGACCCAAGUCAGAGCCUCCAAGUGAGGGAGUAAGGCAGGCAGGUGAGGAUACAGUCAGGGAGGACAGAGCACAGCACAGAUGUUGAUGUUGGAGGCUGUAAGCAUGUGGCUUCACCAUGCUGCCAUUGCUUUUAGUUUUUGUAUAUUUAUGAAAUUUUUCACAAUAAAAUACUUGUUUUAGAAAAUAA